GCCAUGGACAGCGGUCCUGAUGGGCAAAAUUGCUAGAAAUAGGCCACUCUAUUUUAUACUAAAAGUUAACCACCCCUAUACAUCACUUACAUUCUUCCAUGCAGUUUGGGCAGUUUUACAAACUAGAGGAAUUCCCACAGGGUACAAAAUAAUUAACUGUAUAAAGAAAGGCAGUCGGCAGCCCAUUGUCAGGCACAGACAGUUAUUGUUGGAGAGAGACAGAGCCGAAUCUGUAAGAAAGAGUUUAUUUGCUUCAGGUUACAACUGCUGCUCUGCCUGCAGACACUGGAGUCAGGUGGAGCUGCCUUGUCCCUAAUCACCUGCCAGGUGUCCCUGCCUCUCCAUCUCCCGCCUUUACCUCGCCUGAUCGCGCCCAAACGCUCUCCCCAGCAGCGCUCAGCGGCCGCUCACUUUGCUGACUCGGCGAGAGAAGUCGGGCGAGCACUGAGCGCAGCAGAAGAAAGAAAGAAGACGGUACAGCAAUGGACUUUGGAGAUGAUAGGAAGACUCAGUUUGAAGCCAAAGAUCACAAGAUUUCUGUCCUUCAGGAUGACCUCAGGAAUGUUAUAAAUGAUGGAGAAGCACUGCUGGAUAAGUUACAGGCUCAAGAGCAAACCAUUUACCAGCUCCAGGCUGAGAAGUAUAACUUGAAAUCCGAGCUUAACACAGAGACAGCUGAAGUUGAACAUCUGCAGAGUGAGCUUGACAUGUUUGAGAAGUUAUAUGGGCAAGCCAAGCGUCAGCUGGAUGAAAAGGAAUCUAAGUUCCAGAAGAUUAUUGCACAACAAAAGCAAUAUAUAGAGCAUUUAGAAGAUGAGUUGAGAAUCUCCGGGGAAAAUCAAGAAAGAUCAAAGAAAGAGAUUCUGAAACUGGAGCAGGUAAUAAUUGAACAGAGAAAGGAAAUGAAACAACUUCAACAUCUUUACCAAGACACGCUGGAAAAAAAUGGCCGAUUAGAGGCAAAAAUUGAAACCCACAUGAUAACAGCUCAGAGUGAACAAGAUGUAUUUUUAAAUGAGAUCUCUGGCAAAGAGGAAAUUAUCCACCAACUGAAAAUGCAAGAAAUAGAUCAUGAGCAGAAAUUAAGUAAAGUAGAUAAACAGAUACAGCAUCAAAACGUUCUGUUUCAAGAACUGCGAGGCAAGUACGAUGAUCUGGUUGGCUAUGCCAAAGGAAGAGAAGAGCUUGUUCAGUCCCUAAUAAAACAGCUGCAAGAUGCUAAUGCUGCUGGAGAGGAAGCAAAGAUAGAGGUGAAUGACUGUGGGGAAACCAUCAGGCAUUUACAUUUGGAACUGGCCUCACUGCAGACGGCUGAGGAUUCAGCAAGGAAAACAGUCAUUGUUAAGGAACAUAUUAGGAGCGAGCUUUAUGAAGAAUGUGAAAAAAUGAAGUGUAUUGUUGGGGAAAUGCAGUUCAAGCUUAGUACUGGUGACGUAAAGAUUAAUGAGCUAAACUUGGAAGUUGGAAUUCUGAAAUCUGAAUUGGAGAAAAAAACAAGAGGCAUGGAAACACUGGAUGCUCAAAUACAAAAGCAACAAGCAACUUUGAAUAGAGCAAGUGACAGAUUGAAGGAAACAAAGAAAGCUGCCGCAAACAAGAUCCAUGACAAAGAAAUGAAAUGCGAGGCUCUACAGAAGGAGCUAUUAAAAGCUCAAAACCAGUACUCUGCAUGUUAUGAUGAGUUGCUCCACAGGGAGAACCUUUUACAUAAAUUUAAGGAAGAAAAUAUUCAUCUGACAGACCAAAUCAAGCAGAAGUCCCAGGAUGUUUCCAAGAUGAGUGAAGAAAAGAAGAAAGUGGAGCUAAAGCUGGCAGUUGUCAUAGAGAAACAUAAAACUGCUCAACAAGAGGUUAACAACAAAGAUCAAAACAUUUUACAACAUAAAACAGAUUUGAAGACGGCACAAGAAAAAUAUUUAGGCUCUCAAGAAGAACUGCGUCUUCAAGAGGAAGAAGUGUCCAGACUUCAACAGAAAAUGAAGUGUCUGCAAACUGAGGCUUGCGAGCUGUGGGAGAAAUGCAAUGAGCAAGAAGAUCAACUCAAUCAAGUAGAAAAAGCCAAGCAACACAUGUCACAUGAGCAGGAGAUACUUCUGGGCAAGCUUCACAACAACAUGACCGUUAUUGAGAAACUCCAGAAAGAUUUGGAUCUUGCCAAACAUUUGCACACUACUGACUUGGAACGCUGGACAUUACAAACAUCUCUACUACAAAAGGAAUUGACCUCUGGUAAUCAAGCACAUCAUGAGGAUCUGCAGAAGAUACAAGAGUGCAAAGACAAGAUAUCAAGUCUGCAAGUAAACUUAGAAAAUGCUGACCUCCUGCAUAAAGAAGCAAACAAGAAGAUUGAAACUGGAGAAGAAAGUAUUGAAAAGAAAAAUGAGGAGAUCCAACACUUACAACUGCAAGUAAAAGAUUUGCAGCGGAAGUUAAAAGAAAUGUGCAACCAGGCCAAGGCUAAUGAAUCUGCUGUAGAACUUCACAAGAAUAAAUGUCAGUUAUACUACGACAAUAUAAAGGCUAUGGAAAGAGAAGUGGAAACCCUACAAGAACAAGUAACAGAAUCAGCCACUGAGAUUGCUAACAAAAAGGAAACAAUUCAGAGCCUGGAAGCAGAAGUAUUGAUUCUUCAGCAUCAGUACAAGGAAAAGAGCGACCAGGUAGAAACCUUUGAAGGCCUGAUUGACCAGUUAACUGGUGAGUUGCAUUCCUCCAAGGAUAAUGUUAAAUUGAACAAAGAACAAUGCCAGCAAUACGAGCAGCUAGCAAAAACAAUGAAGGAUAAGGUUCAAUGUCUUCAAAAGCAGAUCUCAGAUAAUGAAGAUUGUGUUAAUCAACUAACUUCUGAAUUGACUGCAUACAAGUCCAGCCAUAGUCAUUCCGACGAAGAGUAUAAUGCAAAGGUUUUGCUUCUUCAAACAUCCCGAAAUGAGAUUGAAGUCCUACAGGCCCAGCUUAAAGAAAAAGCAUCAGAAAUUGAAGAUUAUCAAAGAGAAAUAGAGGAGAAAAAGGCAGAAAGGGCAGAUGUCCUUGCCCGGCAAAAUAAAUAUUCUCUUGAAAUGGAAGAACUAGAAAAGACUCUGCAGUCCUUACAUAGAGAUAUCAUGGCAUCUGAGCAGGAGCAUAAGGCGGACCUUGUUCGAAUAAACACAGAGCUAACGGAUGCCAGAAGUAUCUGUUCUCAAAAAGACCAGGCAAUAAGCAAAAGAGAUGAUCUUUUGAGAAAGUCAGAAGCUGAUCUCCUGCAGGCAAGAGAAGAAAUCAAAGAGAAAGUUGCUGAGCUGGAACACCUUGACAGCGUGGUCAAGAAAUUAGAAGAGAGCAUCCAAGACGCAGAGAGAAAAGCGAGAGAGUGGGAGAAUGAAAACAAUGAACUUGAAGCCGAGGUGAAAAAACUCCAGGGUGAGCUCCAAGAUGUGCACAAGCUGUACGAAGAAACAGCUCGGGAACUUGUUAGCCAAGCAGAAAAACUUCUAUACUUGGAAACAAGCUCUAAAGCAACUCAAGAGCAGCUAAGCAAGCAAAUAGCUGAAACAGUUCGCCAAGAACAGAACAGCAGAAAAUGCCAGACAGACCUGAAGACCCUAACAGAAUGUUUCACCGUUUCAGAUGAGGAAAACAGAGGAUACAAAGAAAUGCUUGACAAAUUGAAGGUUGAAUUAAUAGCAUUAAAGGCAGAGCAUCAACAUACUGUUCAAGAAACCCUACCGCUGCAACAAGCCAAUCACAAGCUCAAGACAGAACUGGCCUCUGUCAAAGAUCACGCUAGGAAUUUGGAGCUCCAGGCUGAAUCCUAUGAAGAAUUAGUGAAAGUUCUGCGCGAAGAACAAAACCAAGAACAACUUUGUUACCAAGAGGAGAAAAAACAUAUAGAAAUGUUAAAAAGGCAGAUUUUAGGAUUGGAAUCCAAAGUUGAAAAACAGAGACUGAACAAGCAGAAGGACACCCAAGUGAUGAAAGAACAGCAGAGACGAUUAGAAGAAAUAGAAGAAGAGCUUUGCCAAACACAAGAAAAAUAUAACGGCGUCCAAAACGAGCUUUUAGAAGUAGAAGCACGGUCAAAAAUGCUCCAUUUUAAUCUCAUGGCUGCAGAGAAGCAGAUAAACCAUCACACUGAGCAGGUUCUUAUGCAGGAAGAAAGUGUUUUGGAAUUGGCCGGCAAAUUAUCACAAGCUCACAAACUGAAUCAAGAAACCAUUAAAGAUCUUGGUAAUAGAGAAGAACAACUAGAAACAUAUAAAAGUCAAUGCAAGAAACUAAAGGAAAAACUCACCCUCACUUCAAAAGAGGUAUUGAUUUUGCAAGAUGUGCUUAAAACAACUGAACAGAAAUACAGUGAAUCAGAAAAAAAGCUGGAAGCCCAGUGUCAAGCUCUGGAAGCAGCAAAAACUGACAACAGUCGCCUUCAUCAGGAAAGUGAGUUUGUGGCUGCAAAUGUUAAUCACUGGAUCAAAGAACAAAAGCUGGCGAAUGAAAAUCUAGGUAUAAAAAUUAAAGAGCAGAACCAACUCUUGGCCCACCUAACUGCAGAAAGAGAUCAUUUUCAGAAACUGCAAGAGGCCCUCUCCAUGGAGAUUUUGAAACUAAGAAGUGAAUCAGAAGAGAUUAAAAGAGAGAAUGAAAGCCUUACGGCAAGCUGCGCCGAACAGCAAGCACUUCUUUUAAAACUUCAAAGUGAUUUGGACACUCAAAAUUACAUUAGCCAUGACCAGACAAGCCUUUUGGAGGAGAAACUGGCAGCCACUAAGGAUAUUCACACUAAGUUAAAGGCCAACAUAAAAUCAAUUGAUUUCUUAAACCAGAAGCUCAAUGAAUUAAGUCAAGAAAAUGAAAAUCUCCAGAAAAAAUUAGAAGAUGAAACGCUUCGAUGUCGACAAUAUGAACUUCUUUUACAAACAUCCAACCAGACUGUAGCUAAUCUUUUUGCUCAGUUACAAAAUAAACAAGAACAGAAAGAGAUUUUCAAGCACUGUCCGUCUGUAACCUCAUUGUUUGGUAAGGAUGAUAAAGCGUCAUGUCUGAGCCCACUGUUGCCAAACGAAGCCCAGAAUAUCCACCAAAUGGAAGGAACUAAAGAUUCAGAAGGCUCUUCAUACUGGAUAAAAUGUGUAGAAGAACUUUCCACUCAGCUGCAGGAAAACACCGAUUAUUGGACUGAAAAAAUGAAUACGCUAACCGCUGAAAUUCAACAAAAAUGUGUCACCUCACCCCAGUAACCCUACGUGGUUUUAUAUGGACAGUGUCAUUUCCUUUAGCAUACUACUGCACUAUAGGUAAUUAUUGAAUAACAUAUCACAAUGGAGAACAAUGGUGGAUCCAAUUGCAGAUAUACAGUAUAUACAUUUAUGGACAAAUCACUUACCAUGGCAUCUGUGUGUGUGUAAAUCUUGCAUUUACCAGUUCUAUUUAGUUCAUUUUUUUGAUUUAUUUCAUUUUUCAUUUACUAUUUUUCUUCUUCAUUUAAUGAUUGUAGAU